AUGAGUAUCCCAAAUGUUACUAUUGGGAAACAAAUCAACUACGGGAAUAAGUAUAGGUUUACUUUCUUCAAUGAUUCAUACUUCCAGCUCAUCUUUUAUCACGAUGUCAGAUCUGGAAAUUAUUAUUUUAACAAAGUAAAUGUAAAACGCUAUUUCGGACAAUACACAUACAGCUUAUUAUCCGAUCUUGAAGCAGAAUCAUUGUAUAAAACAGACAACAAAUACGAAUUUAUACUUCAUUAUCCAGAAUUAGGUCUUGAUGAGUUCAAUUGGUGGCGUCAAAGCCUAUCACCAACAAUUCAAACAGAAGAUAAUUUACAAAAUGAAACUGGUACUCCACUAGUUCUUGGCUAUGAAAACAUAAGUGUCAAAUUUACUACGAACAACUGGGGUGGAUUAAGUUUAUCCAAAAGAGAAAAUGAAUCGUAUAUCAAUGGGGACGUCAGCCCUGGAUUUUGGUUUUAUUCGAUCGGUAAUUAUGGUAUUGAAAAAGGAAUUCCGGGACCUACUCCAACUUAUUUAAAACAAGUUGCUCUUUAUGUGAAAAUUACUAGCUUAGACAUGAUCAGGUGUAUUUCAUGUAGAUUUUGUCGAAAUUUUUUCUUAAAUUUCCCUGAAUUUUUAUGUGUUAUCAUAGUUUUAUAA